CGCGUUGAAGAAUAACGACGUCCUCAGUGGCGGCAGAUUGGACUCGAUGGAGUCUAUUUCUCGUCUCCGUCAAGCUCUCUUUGAUACCCUCAGCGGUAAAAAGGCAGUCCAUGGUGUCCAAGCUCUCCUUGACGAGCUCAUGGUUGCCAAACCGCGUCUGUUGAAGCUUUUUGACGUUGGGACAAGGAAUCAGCAAGAACAGAGAGAAAUCGAGUCUGGUAAGGCUCUGAUUAACGGAAAGCAAGUGGCAGUGAAUGCAGAAUUUGCACGACAGGUCAUAUUCCUCUCGCAGCAACUGGACUGUUCUGAACGCUAUGUUGCCGGACUGCUUCAAAAAGUUGUCGCAGAAAAUCCAAAUGUAGGGCCUGUGGACUCUAUUGAACUGGCGAUAUCCGAGUACCACCAGAGGCGGCGCCAUCUUGUCGAUUCCCUUCGAUACCUCUAUGAAGCCACUAUUGCAGAAGCCCCCGAUGACACUCUCGUCUACUCUCAAAUCUAUCGCUUCGUCAAAGAGGAACUUCAAGGCCUUGGGCCAGAAGGUGUUGAAGCGUCGUUGACUCUGAAAAUCAUAAAGGAAUUUGGGGCACUGGACACUGCACUGUCAAAGACGGAUGCUGCGAGGAAGAGUGCGAGGAGUAACACAGUAGCACCGUCAGCGCAAGACGCAGGUACCGGAAGUCUUGGUGCUGACAUAUUGAACGCCCGUUACGAGUCCCUCAAGUAUGAACGACGACAUCUUGCUGCAACCCUUCACAUCACGGCUCGCCUAGGCUUUCUUCCUCCCUCAGGAAUCAUGCACGUUGUUGAAUGGCUCUUCUCUAAUCCCAACCACCCCAUUACUUACUAUAUGCUCGCCACCAUUCUUGCCGCCUUUGAUCCCGCUGAUCCUAAAAGCUAUGGUGCACACCUACGCAAUGGACUAGCCAACGAUACGACCACGGUGUCUUACAUGAAGGAAAAAUUGGGACCAACAACGACAUGGAAAGAGCCGGGGUUGAAAGCCACGGUGCUAUUGAAGUGGACCUUAUUCUUGACAGAUUUCAGGCAUCGAAAUCCAAAUAUAGAGCAUCGGGAUGGGUUCAAGACAGACCAAUUGGAAACUCAAAUAUGGAGCGCGGUUCAAGGGGAUUGUUUCCCUUACCUUGCUGCCGCCAUUAUCCAUUUAGAAAGGAAACAGGGCAGCUCAAGUGUUCCUUCGCUGCUGCAAUCUAUUACUUUGGCAACGGAACAAGUAGAGCAGAGAGACCUACCAGCGGACGACUUCAAACCAGCAGUGCUCAAUGCAUUUGAGACCCUCAUACGGUCUUUGUUGACGCACGCCUCCUCGGAACUACGGAAGAUUAAGCAGCGGCAGGAGGACGUAGUAUUGUCCAGUGCGCGAACGGAUCGUACUCGUGGCAAUUCGCGGUUCUCGACAGCGGCACCAGAGCCCACUGCAUCUCCGCGCAAUGACAUCGGCGUAUUGUAUUCGCUCAUUGGCAUCCUGUACUCCAGUCUGCCUGCUGAAUCUGCACUCCAAUUUUGGGGUUCCGGACCUCCCGUCGAUUCUACUCGUACGAGUUACAUGGAAUACCUGGAGUCAACCGCGGGGAAGUUGCCAGCAUUUUUGCAAUGGGCAGUAUGGUCGACGCCAGUCCAUGACGCAACAAUGAUGAUGGCAUUGUAUGACAUGCUCGCUGGCCUGGCUAAAGGACAGCAGAGUAGCGAACUGGCAUACAAUUUCCUGGCCCGCGGAGGAGGUGAGGUCAUUCAAGGAAGCACUCUACCUUCGUCUACAUCAGGCUCCGCACUCUCCUGGGCUACAGUCUUUGACGUAUUGGAUACGUGGGCUUCAAGCGCCAAUACGGCCCGUACUCAACCCGUUCAGCCCCUCGGUCAGAGCCUUUUUGGAGCACCAGCAUCCAUGCCGCCGCAGCCAGCUCAGCAGCCGGUAAUAACCCCCAAAGAUGUUUUACUCGCACAAUCCUUCCUCCGUUUACUCUCUACCGUCGUCACUUUCUCGAUCUCCGUUCGGGUGGCAAUUUCCUCGCAUGUUCACUUUCGAGCAAUUCCUACUUUGGUGUCUCUGUUACCUCUGAGCAUCCCGCUUGAGCUCAAAGGCGCGUUGUUCGAGGCGCUGUCGGCUUUCUGUCACCCCGGGGCAGGGCCGGCAGGUGUGGAGAUUUGUCGCGCCGUUUGGACAAUGAUGGAACGUUUGGAAGUGAUCAAUGUUAGGGCAAGUUUGCAAGUUGGAUUUGGAGCAGGCCUGUUGCCAACAAAAGGCGUUGAGGUGGAGCUUGAGGAAAUUGAAGCUGCGCACGGACUGUACCCUGCAACUAUCCCAUUCCUGAAACUUCUCAGUACGCUCAUUCACACUCCGCGCCGAGUGUCUUUGACGGAUCGUAUUAUCGAAACGGGGACUCUGGGAACCAUACCUGAGACUCUGGGCCAACCAUACCGAUUGCCUGGUAUUGGACCCUUCGUUGGUUUCGUUAUAGACAACGUCUUCGCCAAGAUUCCGAUGCGGGAAUAUUUGCGUCCCUCAGAUAGAUGGAAGUUGAACGACCUCUGUCUGUGUUUCAUUGAACGCUGUCUUGCUAGCUUUGAUCUCGAGUCUUUGCUUGCUGCAGCGGAGAAUGGUCAACUCAAGGGCGAUGUCCUUAUUCCGCUUCUCAUACAUCCCGGGUAUGAUGUGAUGACCCGGAUGCUGACUAGUUCAGGGCUCCAACGCAGCAUUCUGUCUUACCUUGUUGAAGGUGUUGAAGGGUUUGACAAGGGCUUCGCCGGAGAAGAGCACUUCUUUGCCAGCACAAUUGUGAGGGUCCUUCGGAUCGUCCAGCGUGUACUCGAGAUCCAGGACAUCUUUUUAGAUGUUCUCAUCCCUCUGUUAUCUGAUUUCGAGGGCGCCUCUUCUGUUGGAACGAUUCACCCUCGCUCCUACUUCACGAAGUUCGACCAAUCGCUAUCAUUUGGUCCCCAAUACGCUCCGGCUCUCGCCUCGUAUGUUGUCUAUCCAGCAUACCCAGAACUUGUGCUGCUCUCAGUCCGAAUAAUUGGCAUCCUUUCAUCGUCAACUUCUCUGCCCAAUCUAACCAUCCUGAUUGAGCAGAGCGAUAAUUCCGAGCGUAUCUUAGCGGGAUUCAUGAGUAUUCUGGAGACGGAGUCCACAGAGGAUGUUAUAGCGGCGGAAGCAGCUACCGAACAAAGCACCGGAGCUGGUGCCCCGGAUAUGGAUGACUCCAUGGAUUUGAGCCAGGCUACGAGACUGGCCGUUCUUGAACUCUUGAUUCAGAACACACAAUCACCUCAGUCGCACCUUAAUAUCGCACACUUCCUGCUCUUUGGAAGCACGAAGAAGGAUCAGCAGAUUCAAGACCCCCACGCAUUGGGCGCACAGAAGACGUGUGUUCAUGUCAUCCUUGACCUAUUGAAUGCUGGUGUCCCACGGUUGAAAGGGAAAGGCAAAGACCGUGAUCUUGCACCCUUUGCGACGCCGAUGUUCAUCAGGCUUCCUGCCCUCGCGGAAAGGUGCUACAGAAUCAUAUACCAGCUGUCAGCCGAUCAGUCUACCGCAGAAUUCACGAUGAGGUACCUAAGGACGAGAGAAGAUUUCUUUGCCCGUCAUCUUGCUGCUGUUCCUUCACAGGCACCCGAGACACUGGCGGACCCCUUCAUCGAAGUCCUUUACGGCAAUGGAUCACGCGUCACCACAGCCGUUUCGUCUUUCAGCUCCUUCCUCCGGUCAAGAUCAUGGAUAUUCGAUCUUGUGGCAUUAGAACUCCAUGUUCUUUCUAACAAGAACAAUCAAAAGGGCAUUGCUGAACUUCUCUCCAUAUUAUUCGGAAGCGAACCCACCUACGAUAACCACGCCGAUUGGGAAGACGGAAUGCUGCGAACGUUCCACGAAGUGGGACAGUCGCACAUGAGGGUUAUCGAGUUCCUCCAGUCACUUGCAUUCGACUGGACAGACAGUUUGACCGUCAAACACAUCGAACUAAGGUUCUUCGGACAACUGAAUCUCCAGGCCUGUACACGAAAGGACGUCUCCGGAUGUGAAAUUAUUGAUCGGUCCGCACUGUUGGUGCUUUUAAACACUGCGAGACGCGCCUUGUACUCUCGUAAUGUGGUUAUGGCAGCGGCUGAUGCUUCGCAACUAGCAUUAGAAUCAGCGUACAUUUUGGAGAGCUGUGCUGUGGAGAAUCAUCGGCGCGAAAUUGUUCAUGCCUCCGCCACCGGCUUUGAAUCCUGGCGAAGGAUGCUGGACAUGACAUUGACAAAAUGUUUCCAUCAUCUACCCCAUGAUCACAGAGAGAGCAUGCUAUUCGAUCUGCUGCACAUCCUACCCUCCAUCAUACGAUCUAGCGAUCUUCAGGAGUCAACCGCCGUAUUGCUCGCAGAGAUGACACUUUCUGCAAUCACGAAGUUACGAGAGGAUAGACACCAUCAAGUGAUUCUCCAGACUGUUGCCGGGGAUCAUGAGGCUAGCAGUCUUCCAGCGGAACGACUCUAUGCUAUCCUGACGAACAUAUUGGAGUGCAUCCUCGAGAACAGUCACGUAGAACUCGUCCGUGGCAACCUCUACGCCUCUAUUGUCAAUUACGUUCAUCUCAUUUCCACUGGCAAGCCUCAGCCCCCGGGCCCGGCUUCUCUUGCCCUAUCUACGUCAACGUCUUUGUCAUUGUCAUUGGCCGCCUCCACACGCAACAAUUUCCUCGGUGAUAGUGCUUCCGUAGCUUCGCCGGGUCAGACUGGUUCAUCGACGUCCCCGAUACAAGUGAACAGUUUGUCUUUGAUGAAGGGCCAUCUUGAGCGAGUCAUCACAAUGAUAUCUCGCGAUGCCAUCGAUGGCACAGAAGUUUGGAAGACUGUGGCCUUCAUGCUGCUCACAUCACUAUGUCAGCUUUCGGCUGCUGAAAAGCAGUAUUCGGUAUUGUCGUGUCUUGUUCGUCACGGUAUCCUGUCCAAUUUCGUUCAUGGUGUUGCGGAAUCCGAUCUUCUACUACAAUCAGUUCUCAAACCUGACCCAGAUGAUCUGAACGCUCUCUAUGUAUACGAAUCAAAAAUGUCCCUGUUCAUCCGUAUUGCUCAGAGCAGAAUCGGAGCCGAGCGCUUGUUGGAAGCCAAUGUAGUAACAGUGUUGGCUCAAUCCGACUUCCUUGAUGCGAGGCCUGAAGGGGAUCAAGCAUUUAUAGAUCAAGAUUCUUUCUUACCCUCUGCUGUUCAGCGGUAUCAUCAGUUGCUCAUGCCAGCUUUGGAACUCGUGAAUGCAGUGGUAGCUGUGUUAGGCUCUAAACAUUCUUCCGCAAGCAAUCAAGCCUUGGACUUCUUAUCGAAACAUAGUCCGACCAUCGUCAUUCUGCUGAAGAAUGAGAUUGAUGAUAUCUCGUUAUCUUUGUUGGAGGAGAUCCAUCUACUCGUUUCUCUCUGCACCAACGUGUUACCGCUGGUCCCAAAAACUGAACUGGCAUCAACAAAUUCAGGAUUUGGUGCUAUUCAUGCUGCAAUACUGAGUCUCUCUACGCGAUGCCUAGGCACGGGACGCUGGACACAAGAUGUAAGACCGAUAACGGAUGCUGAAAUGCUUAGUGCAAGUGCUUUAUCGUCUGGCUUCAGCUCAGAAACCAGAUUUGAUGUCAAUGUCCGUCAGAAGGAGCGCCUGCUUCGAAAGGCGCUGGUCGCAUAUAUUGGCUGCGCCAGCGAAUUCACAGAACCCGAAAUUAAUGUCAUGUUCUCGCCGAUAACUACUGUUCCAAGGUUGGACGAUCGGGGAUCUCACUUCAUUGGUGAACCACUUUCUCUCCAGUACCAGGUUGCGACUUUGCCAACACUUGGCGACGCCAUUGAGGCAUUGAACGGCGUUUACAAUGAUCUUGCCGAAACCUUGAAGCAAAUAUCUGAUAUCUCCGCUGAACUUGCCAUGAAGGACCAUAUUGGUGUUGAGAACAUUGAGGAGGCGAGUUUCUAUUACAUCUUACGAAAUAAAAAGCUGAGCGGCCAUCGCCAGGUUAUCCGCAGCAGCGAUAAUGAGAUCAUUCGUGACCUUGAUGUUGGCCAGAAACGGUCGCUUAUCUGUCGCGAGCUGGAACGGAUGAGAGACGGGCUUCAAGACGACGUCAAGACUGCCAUACUGGUAGAUACGACUGAGAUGAUUCUUCUAUUGCUGUGGAGGCAUAUGCUGUACUAUUGCGAUGAGACUCGUUCAAAGAGCUCCGAAAAGGCAUAUGCCAUAAGGCUUCUGUCUAUGCCUGACCCCCAAACUUUCCGGCAGGACGUGGGGAGUAAACUUCGGCCCGUACUGCAACGGCUCAAGUCAUUAGGCCCAAAUCUGCUGGGUAACGAGUGGAGAGACAAUCAGGCCUACAUUGAGAUCAUGGAUCGUAGGCUGAGGGACACGGCCGGUCUGCAUGAAAGU